GCGCGACAGGGCCUCGGGGGACGUGGACUCGAAGAGAGAGGGCUUUUGGACGCCUCCGUCAAACUCGCCUCAGGCAACAGUAUCCCGGCACACUCUCCAGCACAGAGGAGCUUUGGACCUCGCCGACAAAAAAAAAAAUAAAGGAAGGGCGAGCCAUGGAACCUUUGGUCUUAUUGGUGGGAGUAGCCGUCGCUGUCACCUUCCUGUUCGGCGGACACGUCGCGAGGCUAUUGACCCAGAGGGCGCGACUCCGUCGGCAGGUAGACAGACUGCCCGGGCCCACCGCCUUCCCUGUGCUAGGCACCACCCACCACUUCCUGCUGACGCCUAGAGCUGAUAAACUGAAGAUGUACAAUGAAUUAAUCAAAAAGUACGGGCCUGUGUUCCGUUUAUGGACUACCUCUAUCCCGGAUGUUAUUUUAACGAAACCACAACAUUAUGAGGCAAUAAUCAACAGUCCUAAACACUUGGAGAAGUCCGGUUUCUACAAAUUCAUGUUUCCUUGGCUAGGAACCGGCUUAGUUACAAGCUCAGGCCAGAAGUGGCACUCUCACCGGAAGAUGAUCACCCCGGCCUUCCACCUGAGCAUCCUGGACAGCUUCAUAGAGGUGUUCGCCGACAACUGCGCCAUCUUGGUCGACAAGCUGGCGCGCAGAGCAGGCGGCAGUGGCUUCGACAUCUUCCCCUACAUCACCCGCUGCGCCCUGGACAUCAUCUGCGAAACAGCAAUGGGGGUUGCCAUACACGCUCAAGAAAAUGCAGACUCGGAAUACGUUCGAACACUAUCCGAUAUUGUUGAGCUGACGGCCCACAGACGAGAAAGGAUUUGGCUUCACUCAGACUUCGUUUUCUACAACACGUCGGCGGGUAGAAGAUACAAGAAGUGCCUUGACAUACUUCAGGGAUUCACGAAAGAGGUAAUUCAAAAACGCAAAGCAGUGCUGUCCCGUGAAAUGAAGAUCGACCAUGUGUCUGCGGAUGAAGACAGCCCAUGUGGUAUAAAGAAAAAGGCGUUUCUUGAUCUUCUAAUAGAAAUUGCCAGUAAAGAUGGAAAACUGUCAGACGAGGAGAUAAGAGAAGAAGUGGAUACCUUCAUGUUUGCGGGUCACGACACAACUGCUUCAUGUGUAUCGUGGACUAUGUUCAUGAUGGGACAUCAUCCUGAAAUACAGGAAAAGGUGUUUGUAGAGCUGUCAGAAAUAUUCGGUGAUUCCCAGAGGCGUCCAACCAUGAAAGAUCUUCAAGGGAUGAAAUACCUGGACAGAGUUAUCAAGGAGACUCUAAGACUGUAUCCUGCUGUCCCCAUGAUACAGAGGACUUUGGGUGAAGACGUACGCAUAGAUGAUUGCGUCAUACCUGCGGGAACGAAUGCCAUCAUCAUGAUUUACUUCGCCCACCGGAACCCGGAGCACUUCCCUGACCCGGAGCAGUUCGACCCGGACAACUUCCUGCCGGAGCGCGUCCAGGGCCGACACCACUUCGCCUUCAUUCCCUUCAGCGCCGGGCCCAGGAACUGCAUAGGGAAAAGGUUUGCUCUGCUCGAAGUGAAGGCGAUGCUGGCGUUCGUUCUGAGGAAGUACAAGAUUCGCUCCUUGGAGGGAAGGGAAGCUGUCAACCCGAUGCCAGCGCUAGUUCUCAAGCCUCUGCAUGGCAUUACGGUCGCCUUGACUCCAAGAACGUAACGAGUUGUUUGGUGCCACUAUUUGGUUUGUCGUAGUUGAAAUAAAACGUAACAAAAAAAAAAAA